AUGGUCAAGAAACCAUCCUCGAACCCGAAGCAAGCGGCUGUCUUUCAGCAAGAUUCGGACUCGGAUGCCGGAUCACUACAGCUCGAAUCAGGUAGUGAGUUAGGGUCUGACCUAGAAGGGUCCGAUGAUGCCCAGAAUGAAGCAGAGGAGGAGGAGGAGGAGGAAGAAGAGAGACCGAAAUAUGCACAGUUCAUGGACGACUCUGAUCUGGAAAAAGCAUCCGAUGACUCUCAGGACGAUUCCGAAGAGGAAGAGGAAGAAAAAUACAGCAGCGUCGCCUCGGAUUCAGACGACGUCGAUGACCUCCAACAACAGAUGAAGCAAAUCCCAUUCUCAGCGCUGAUCAAGGCACAACAACAGCUCGGCGAAGCCGAUGACGACGACGACUUCAGCGACGACCCAGACAUUUCUGACUUGGAAGAGGACGAGUUUGCUGCCGACCGCCAACGCCUUGCUUCUUCCUCCAGUGAUAAAGGCAAAGUACUGUCCAAAUCCAUAUCUGUCCGAGACGACGCACUUGAAGCGAAACGACAAGAAGUUCGCGAACGGUUACGACAGCUCAGUGGUUCCGCUCCCUUUUCCUCCUCAUCUGCUGCCAAUGGCGAGAACAGCGGCUGGGCGGAAUCCCGCGCAGCUCGAGAGGCCCGACGACAGGAGAAGGAACGCAAAGAACUUGCCAAACGCAGCAACAAAAACGCCCCAACCGAAAUGUCUUCCAAACGACCCGUCUCUCGUCGUCGCAACGUCGUUGACACCCCCUCCACCUCCACCGCCCAUCUCCGUGAUCCUCGAUUCGAAUCACUCUCAGGUAGCACCAACAAAGAUCUUUUCUCCAAAUCUUACUCUUUCCUCCCCGAUAUGUUCAAAGAUGAACUCUCCACCCUCAAGAAAACCCUCGCAAAGCUGAAGAGGCAAGAAGCGACCCAAGCUGGGCCGAAAGCGAAGAGUGAACAAGCUCUAGCGAUUAGAGAGGAGAGGGCGAAGGUGGAAGCGGCGUUGAGGAGAGCGGAAGGUUUAGCGGGGGAAAGGGAGAGAAGACAGAGGGAGUCGGUGGUGAAGGGGAAAAUUAAACGGGAGAAUAAGGAGAGGGUGGAAAAGGGUCUGCAACCCUUUUAUCCGAAACAGAGGGAGAUUAAGCAAUUGUUGUUGAAGGAUAAGUAUGACAAGCUUGCAGGAGGUGGUGGGGAAGGUGAGGACGGGGGAAAGAGGGUUAGUGGACAAGAGAAGAAACAGUUGAAGAAGGCUUUGGAGAGGAGGAGGAGAAAGAAUGCGCAGAAGGAGAAGAGGGAUAUGCCGGCAGGGAUCGGGUUUGCGAGGGAAGGGCAGGGUGCAGCUGUGCCGAAGAGGAAGAGGAUGGUUGAGGGUGGGCCUUCUGGUCAGUCUCGCAAUAAGCGAGCUAUGUUUCGAAGGUAG